CCCUCCUUCACUCUCGGCAUCUCUCCUCCCUCCGUCUCUCUCUCUCUCUCUCUCUCUUCCUUCAGAGAACUUCCACAAUGCAGAACGCCGCCGUCAUCUUCUUGUCGGUGCUUCUCUCCGCCGCCUUCCAUCCCGCUCUCAGCCUCGUCGACGGGUAUUUGCCAAAUGGGGAUUUCGAGAGAGGUCCAAAGGCGUCGGACAUGAACGGGACGGUGGUGAAAGGGCCAUAUGCAAUACCGGAAUGGGAGAUUUCAGGUUUCGUGGAGUACAUAAAGUCAGGGCAGAAACAAGGCGACAUGUUGCUGGUAGUGCCGGAGGGGGCGUUCGCCGUCCGGCUAGGGAACGAGGCGUCGAUCAAGCAGAAGGUCAAAGUAGUGAAAGGGCUUUACUAUUCCAUCACGUUCAGCGCCGCUCGAACCUGCGCUCAAGAGGAGCGCCUCAACAUCUCUGUUGCGCCCGACUGGGGUGUCCUGCCGAUGCAAACUCUGUACAACAGCAAUGGCUGGGACUUGUACGCUUGGGCCUUCCAAGCCACCUCCGACGAGGUCGCUAUUCUCAUCCAUAACCCCGGCGAGGAGGAAGACCCCGCCUGUGGCCCUCUCAUCGACGCCAUUGCCAUUAAAACCCUCUACCCUCCCAAGGCCUCCAAUGAUAAUCUGGUGAAGAAUGGGGAUUUCGAAGUCGGCCCAUACGUGUUCCCAAACGCGUCGUCAGGUGUUUUGGUCCCACCGAACAUCGAAGACGACCACUCUCCAAUCCCCGGCUGGAUGGUUGAAUCUCUCAAGGCUGUCAAAUACAUCGAUUCCGACCACUUCUCCGUCCCAAGCGGGAAGCGCGCCGUCGAGCUCGUCGCCGGAAAAGAAAGCGCGAUAGCUCAGAUCGUCCGUACGAUCCCUGGAAAAACCUAUAUCCUGUCGUUCGUCGUCGGCGAUGCGAGCAACUCGUGUGAAGGAUCUAUGGUGGUUGAAGCGUUCGCCGGAAAGAAUACACUGAAAGUGCCGUACCAGUCGAAAGGAAACGGCGGAUCGAAACCAGCGGCGCUGAAAUUCCAGGCGGAGUCGACGAGGACGCGGAUUAUGUUCCUGAGCACAUUUUACACCAUGCGAAGCGAUGAUUUCUCGUCUCUGUGCGGGCCGGUGCUCGAUAAGGUGAGAUUGUUGAGCGUUCGAAACCCUAAGGCGUGAUGAAGAGGAAGAAAAUGGAAGGGGAUUUGAAUAUAAUAAUAGUAAGAAAAUUGAAGGAGAUCUUCUCUGUGAGUGGUUUUGCUUGUAAUCUUGAAGAAGAAGAAGAAACAAAAGAGAAGGGAAGAGAAAAAAGAGGGGUUUUAGCGGAAAAAUUAAUAAAUAAUUAUAUAGUAAUUAAUACAAAAUAUAAUUAAUAUAUAUAAUGUAUGCGGAUCGGAUAGGGCUUUCUAUAUAAUAGUGUGAUUUUAAGGC